AAAAACAGCUGAUGAGUUCGUCAUCAACAGUGACAAAAUCGGAAAUAAAUUUUACAAAUGAGAAUUGUACAUUCCAUUACCGUAAACGUUUAAAAAAUCCAGCAUGGAAAUUGAGGACACAUAUUACAGCAAAGAUGAAUACGUAGAAACCGCAUCAGGAAACAAAGUGAGCAGACAAACUGUUCUCUGCGGCUCACAAAACAUUGUGUUAAAUGGCAAAGUGGUGGUACAAACUGGUGCUAUAAUUCGUGGUGAUUUGGCAAAUGUUCGUACAGGCCGCUAUUGUGUCAUAAGCAAAGACGCUGUCAUCCGUCCACCAUACAAACAAUUUAGCAAAGGUAUAGCCUUUUUCCCCAUGCAUAUUGGAGAUCAUGUCUAUAUUGGUGAAGGCGCAGUAGUCUCGGCGAGUUCGAUUGGAUCAUUCGUGUAUAUUGGAAAAAAUGCUAUUAUUGGCCGCCGUUGUGCACUCAAAGACUGCUGUAUAAUAGAGGAUAAUGCAGUGCUGCCCCCUGAAACAACAGUAGCCAGCUAUAUGCGCUACACUGCCAAAGGUACAAUUGAAGGUGGCCAGGGUAAUCCAAAUUUUGUUCCGGCAGCAAUGCAAGAUCAGAUGAUUGACUAUACGAAAUCAUACUAUGAGCAUUUUUUGCGCAACCCCCAAGCUGGCUAAAAUUCGAACUAUUGACAUAUAAUAUAAAGUAUUUUAUUAAGCUAAAUAUUUGUAUGUAUGUACGUAAAUACGAUUUUCAAACCGAA